AGUGACUUUGUAACUGACCGCUUGUAUAUUAAGGUCGCCUUUGGAUUUCCUGUAACAGUUCGAAGACGACUUUUCAAAAGACUCUACGUGUGAACUAAAAUGGUUUUAAAAAUAGCUUUGUAUUUAGCGAUAUGCCUCGCAGGAUCCGCGAAGACCGCAGUUCUGCCGGUAGAAAAAUGCCAUCUAGAAGAUUCCAAGUGCAUGAUUCCUGCGAUCCAGAAAGCACUGCCCGUGUUCCUGGAUGGGUUACCAGACUUGGGCAUCAAUGUAAUGGAUGUAUUGGAAAUGGAUGACAUCAAGUUUGAUAUAUCGGGGCUGCAGUUCAGCCUCACAGAAGGGAAACUAAAAGGAUUGAAGAGUUCAAUCAUCGAUGACGUCAAAUGGGACUUAAAAAGUAAGAAAUUCGAGAUCCAUUAUCAUGCAGAUUGCACUGUGAAGGGCCACUAUACUGCGGCUGGAAGGAUCCUAGUUCUACCUAUUACUGGAGACGGUGACAUGAAAUUAAAAUUGAAGAAUUUAAAUAUCAAGCUAUACAUUAGCUAUGAAGUAGAAAAAGGAGCCGAUGGCAAAGAUCAUAUUGCGCCGAAAAAGUUGGAUUACGAUUUCGAAGUGGUAGACAACGCGCAGUUUUCUUUGACUAACUUAUUCAAUGGAAACAAGGAACUUAGUGACACAAUGUUGAAAUUCUUGAACGAAAACUGGAAGCAAAUCUCUUUAGAAUUUGGAAAACCCCUUAUGGACGUCGCAGCAAAGUCCAUAUUUAAGAAUGUUAUUACAUUCUUUGCGAAAGAAGCAAUCGAGGACAUUGCAGAAGUAUGAAAAUAAUGUGUAAUAGAGUAGGGCUAAAAAUAUUGACUGGGUUUAAACAUGUUUACUUUCCUAAUU